GGAUAGCAGUUCGAGAAAUAGAUCCAAAAACUGGAGAAACCAUUGUAUACCAAACUAACUACAUAGAGGCAACAUGGCAAGUCCUAAAAAGUCAAAUACAAGCUAAAUAUCAGAAUCACAA